AUGCAACUUUGAGGCACACUACCAACUCAUGAACCUUAAAAGACGAGCUGAGCUACAAACAACUUAUUGCUCUUUUGGCAAUUAGGGUUUUAAUUUAAUUAAAGUUGGAAUUCCCUCCCGGUGAAAGAUAUGGCUACAGCGGCAGCAGGAUCCGGUGAAAAGAGGAAACCGGUGUUCGUUAAAGUCGACAGCCUGAAACCCGGGACUAACGGCCACACUCUCACGGUGAAGGUAAUCAGUUCAACCGCUAUAAAAAGCAGCGGCGGCGGAGGCGGAAGGAGAGGCGGCGGCGGACGGGCGUCGAUGUCUCGUCCCGCCCCCCCUGCCCGUAUAGCUGAGUGCCUUGUGGGUGAUGAGACUGGGACAAUCAUUUUCACUGCCCGCAACGAUCAAGUUGACACAAUGACACCUGGCAAUACUGUGAUUAUCCGAAAUGCAAAGAUCGACAUGUUUAAGGGCUCAAUGCGUUUAGCAGUAGACAAAUGGGGACGUGUUGAGGUAACUGAAGAACCUGCUAAUUUUGAUGUUAAAGAGGACAACAAUCUUUCUUUAGUUGAGUAUGAAUUGGUCAAUGUUGAAGUGAAGGGAUGAAAGGUGGUGGUGGUAGAGUGAAUAUAUUUGAAAGGGGGACUCUUUUUACUUUUGUUUUUCUUGCAUGGUUAACCUAUUUCAUUGGUUUCCUAAUUGUGAUGUUUGGCCUCAAGUUGGUCCUGUUCACAUCUUGGCUGCGGGAUUUCUUUUCCCUUCAUUCUAUGUUUACCUCUUGUCGGUCAAGGGUCUUAGGAUCUAAUUUGGAUGUUUUCUCUCAAUUUUUAUGAUGUGGUCAAUUUUGUUAUCUCAUAUGUAUGUUUCUGAUUUGAUGGUGUAAAUAUGUUUCCAUCCGAAUGUUGAUUUCAUUGUAUGUAGAGUUUUCCCUAAAAUAUUAAUGAAAUAAAAUUCAAAAUUAAGGAAGUUACCA